AUGACCAACCCCGACGCCGUCAGAGACAAAUUCUACGAGGACGUGCACGCCCUCUUGGCGACUGUGUCUAAGGCGGACAAGUUGAUUGUCCUUGGUGACUUCAACGUCAAGAGGAGUGCUGGGUCCCACGGUCUCCGCGGCUCAAACGACAAUGGUCUGCUGCUUCUCCGCACCUGCGCAGAACACCGCCUCAUCCUGACGAACACCUUCUUCUGUCUGCCGGAGCGAGAGAAGGCCAUCUGGAGGCAUUCUCGGUCGCGUCAGUGGCACCUGCUGGACUAUAUCCUCGUCCGGAGGCGAGAUCAGCGGGACGUGCUGGUGACAAAGGCGAUCGCGGGCGCUGACGGGUGGACCGACCAUCGCCUCGUCAUCUCGAAGAUGCGUAUUCGCCUACGGCUUCGCAGGAGACCACAAGGUAUGCGACCCCCAGGUAAGCUGAAUGUUGCCUUCUUGUCUUUGCCCGCUCACCAUCUUCAUUUCAGCAAUGAGCUAGCUCAAAGGCUAGACAACUUUCCUAUCGCUGCCGCCGACGACGCCGCCGCUGCCGAGAACUCCUCCGUGGAGAACCGCUGGUGUCAACUGCGAGACACGGUCCAGUCGACGGCGCUCGCCGUCCUCGGUCGCGCUCCCCGCCAACACCAGGACUGGCUCGACGACAACGACGCCGCCAUCAGAAAUCUGCUUGCUGAGAAGAACCGCCUACACAAAGCCUACGUAUAUCACCCCACUGAUGCCACUAAAGCUGCCUUCUACCGCAGUCGCCGCCAACUUCAGCAACGACUGCGCGAGAUGCAGGACGCCUGGACUGCUCGCAAAGCUGAGGAGAUCCAAGGAUACGCGGACCACAACGAAUGGAAGAACUUCUUCUCUGCGAUCAAAGCUGUCUACGGUCCGCCGACGAAGGGCACUGCUCCUCUCCUCAGCGCCCACGGUAGCACUCUCCUGACUGAGAAGACGCAAAUCCUACAGCGAUGGGCCGAGCAUUUCCGAGGCGUCCUCAACCGCCCCUCCGUCAUCUCCGACGCCGCCAUCGAGCGUUUGCCGCAAGUGGAGACCAACGUGGACCUCGACCUCCCACCAUCUCUCCAGGAAACGAUCAGAGCCGUGCAACAGCUCUCCAGCGGGAAAGCACCCGGAUCGGACGCAAUCCCUGCUGAGGUCUACAAGCACGGAGGUCCCCAACUGAUGGAUCACCUGACUGCGCUCUUCCAAGAGAUGUGGCGUCAAGGUGAAGUCCCGCAAGAUUUUAAAGUCGCAACCAUCGUGCAUCUCUACAAGCGCAAAGGGAAUCGCCAAGUCUGCGACAAUCACCGCGGCAUCUUCCUGCUGAACAUCGCCGGGAAGAUCUUCGCCCACAUCCUUCUCAACCACCUCAAUAACCAUCUGGAACAGGGCCUUCUGCCGGAAAGCCAAUGCGGCUUCCGUCGUCAUCGUGGGACCACGGAUAGGAUCUUCACCGUCCGUCAACUUCAGGAGAAUUGUCAGGAGAUGCGGACCCACCUGUACUCUACCUUCGUGGAUCUGACGAAAGCCUUCGACACGAUGAAUUUCCAACCCGACUUGAUAGCUUUAACAGAAACAUGGUUAAAGGCGCAGAUAGAAGAUGCGGAAGUUAUGCUAGAUGGUUUCCAGAUUCUCCGAAUGGUCAGAAACGAACGUAGGGGUGGGGGGUUGCGAUAUUUAUACGAGAUGGCAUCGACUACGUCACGGUUGAGUCUUCCCCAUUUCUGCACAUUGAUUGUGAAAUACUCAGUUGUUACCUGA